UGUGGACCUUUCAACUCUUCUUCGCAGACAAGCGCACCGAGCCACCGGGAGUGAAGCGGCUAAGCACGUUCUGGACGUAAAGUAAUCCAGUAUGUCGGACGACGAAAGUACACCUUCGUUUCUUGACGACGUUAGAGUAAAGUUUGUCGAGGAGAAAGUUUGUUCGUUUCUACAACUGCAGCGUCAAAUGUGGGAUAAAAGUGCAGUCACUGAAGAGUUCCAGAUACUUUUGUCAGACCUUUUUGAAAAAGACAGUGCCGUUUAUUUCUCUUCGCCAAAGACAGGUUGCCUGGUCGCUACAAAUAAGGCUCCACUUACUGCCAAAAGUAACCACAUUUACACCAUAAAGAAGCGAGCUGUCCCCAUCAAUUCAGAAAACUACAGAGAGCUUUUGCUUUUUGGUGUCUUGUCUCCAUUACCUCUACUGCAGCUGUCAAUCGCAGUUGAACAGAUAUGUGUCCCACUGCUGUCCAACCGCCUAAAUCAUUACACAUGGCCACAUCUGCUGUCAGAGGAUAUUACUCGGAAUGCAGAGAGCAUUUGCAGUAAAACAUCAGUCGUGCGGCAAAGGGCUAUGGGGGAAUCUGUCCUUCCUAUCCCAUCAGCAACAGUUUGGCUGGAAAAUGUGUCCAGUACUUUUAAAAUGUAUGGUAACUAUGAUCGGGCGCUGGCCCACAACAUAGAGACCCACGUCAGCAAUUGGACCAAUCAGAUUCACAAAAUGUUGAAGGAGGAUUCAUCAGACAUACUGCUUCACAGUUGUAAUCCAGGGCCCAGUGCUGAGCUGAAGUUCUGGGCUUCCAGGAAGAGCAAUAUUCAGAGCAUAUAUCAUCAGCUUCAGAGUCCUGUUGUGGAGAAAAUGGCAGAGAUGUUGGAAAUGAUGGAGAGCAGCUAUCAUCCUGCAAUCAAGACUCUGAUUAGAAACGUGUUUCAUGCGCUCCAAGAAGCUGAAGACAUUGACCUCCAUCUGCAACCUCUGUGUGGGCAACUGUCUCGAUUGGAGCAAGAAGGUCUCCCUCACCUUGAGGCCACCAUCCCUUCACUGUUUCACUUGUUGUUCCUGAUCUGGACUAACUGCCAACCUUAUCAAAGGCCCACGCGAAUUGUGGUUUUACUUCAGGAGCUUUGCAAUCUGCUCAUUGAACAGGCUUACGUGUAUCUAUCCUCUGACCUCUUACUGCGAGAAGACCCAGAGGAAGGCGUAGAAAUGGUCAAGAGGGUGAUAAAAGUCUUCAGAUGUUUCAAAGAGAGUUACCAUAGCCAGAGGGAGAAGUUGGCCAACCGUGCAAAAGAUGCACCCUGGGACUUCCCGUCUGCCAUGAUUUUCACACGUUUCAACCACUUCCUUAAUCGUCUGCUACAACUGGAGGACAUUUUUGAAAUAAUGCUGGAAUAUAAAAGGAUGGAAAAAAUGGAAUUUGGUGGACCAAAAGGCAAAUUCUACAGCGAGCAUGCGGCUCAGCUGUACACUGAGUUCCUUCAUCACUGCCAGUUGUUGAUACACAGUGACCACUGCCCUUUGGAUUGCGACUCUGAGGAUUUUGACCAGGAUUAUAAGGAUUUCAAAGUGAAGAUUGAGGACUUUGAAUGCAGACUUGCCAGCCUUCUGUGCUCGGCAUUUAAAGACUGCGCAGGGCUGGAAUCAGCAUUUAAAAUGUUAACAAUUGUUGGACCUUUCCUUGAGAGAGGAAACAUUAGACAAAUAUUCAGUCCAAACAUCCCUCUGCUGCAGCAACAAUUUCAGGAUGAGCUGGAAAAAUGUAAAUGGCUCUUAAAGUCACAGUUCAGUGAGAGGGAGAGUUGUUACGGAAAGAACAUGGCUCACACAUCUGGAGCGUUAAAGUGGGCAAAAAUGAUCAAAGAGCGCAUUGAAACUCCAUGGGAAAAAAUACAAUUUAUGUUUGAAAGACCUGUGGAAGGUGUGCAGCCAACAAUGAAGGAGCACCACAUGUACAAGGAGAUGACGAGUCUUCUACAUCAGUACGAGGAAGAUGUUUAUUCUGAGUGGUGUGAUGGUUUGGAGCAGGCCUGCCAGAUUAACCUGAACCAGCCCCUCAUAUGCAGAAAUGCCUCGAAUGAUCUAAUUUCUGUCAACUUCAAUCCAAAGCUUGCUGAAGUCUUAAAAGAUGUGAAGUAUAUCCAAACACUCAACAUUAGCAUUCCAGUGGCAGCCAUGACUGUUUUUGAGAAACGCAACCUCUUCACAAAGUAUGUGAGCAGUCUGCAACUUGUUGUGCAGUGGUACAAUCAACUCAAACAGACCGUGCUCGAGGUGGAACUCCCUCUGAUCAGAGCUGAGCUAACAUCUAUAGAUCAACAACUGAAAAGAGCAGAAACCGAUCUGACUUGGCAGGACCAGGAAUGCUGGAGUUUUAUUGGUACCACCAAAGACCUCGUCCAUGCCCUCAUGGACCGAGUUAGUCGAGCAAAGGAGAACCGUGAUGCCAUUCAAACGAUGAUGAAGAGUUGGAGCAAACAGACUAUGUUUUGCAGAAAGGACAACAAGAAAAGUUCACCGCUACAGCUUGAAGACAGGAGAGACCGUGUUAGCAAGAUCUAUUGCUCCAUAAAACAAGAUGGAGUCUCCAUCCACAAGUUGGUGCAGGAGAACAUGGUGCUGUUCCAUGCAGACUCUUCUUCAGACGCUUGGCAGUCCUAUCUGGAGUACAUAGAUGAGAUGAUAGUUGAGGGGCUCUUCAGCUACAUCAGCCACUCCCUCCAGUUUUUCAUGGACAACAUGGAAUCAUAUCCCAAGCAGGUCCCUCUCUUUGAGCCUCAUUUGACACUAACAGACCUGGGAAUGACCUUUAUUCCAUCACUGGACAAAGAUGCAGGGGAUGGCUUUUAUGAGCUCCUAGAAGGACUGGUUGGAGAUAUAUUUAAGACAUGUGUGAAUGUUAACAGGUUGGCUACUCAUGUUAGCAUGGACAGCUAUCAGGAUCUAAUGGAAGACAUGCUGGGUUUGUCGGACCUGCGGAAAGAAGUGAUGGAAAGAGUGGAAAAUGUCCUCAACAAAGCCAUAUCUUACCAGAGACAGUUUGACUGCUACAGCCAUCUCUGGCAGGAGGACCGGGCAGAGUUCCUCAGCCAGUUCCUCUUGUAUGCACGUGCACUGACACCUGAAGAGGUGGAGGCUCACAGAGCGGAUAUUCUGCCAGAGAGCCCUCCUACAGUAGAGGACUUCAAAGAACAGAUUGAUUACUACGAGGGCCUGUACUCUGAAAUUUGCAAGCUUGAAGACUCCACUGUGUUUGAUGGCUGGUUUCGAGUGGAUAUCAAGCUCUUCAAAGUCAACCUUCUAAACACCAUAAAGAAGUGGAGUUGGCUUUUUAAGGAGCACCUUUUGACAUAUGUCACUAACAGUCUUGAUGAGCUGCAGGAGUUUAUCUGUACUACUGCUGAAGGACUAGCUAAGUGUGUGCCUAAAGGAGACCACCAUGGUUUGGUGGAAAUCAUGAGUCACCUGCUGGCUGUAAGAGAUAGACAACCUGGCACAGACAAGAUGUUUGAGCCUCUCAAGGGCACACUAAUUCUUCUGGAACGACAUGGAGUGACCAUACCCGACAAGGUCUAUUUUCAGCUGGAGGAACUUCCUGAAAAAUGGAGUGGGGUGAAAAAACUGGCCUUAAAGGUGAGACAUGAGGUCUCCCCUAUGCAAAAUGAAGAAGUGUUGGUUUUGCGAAGACGCUGCAUGGAAUUUGAGGUGAAACAAAGCCAAUUCAGAGACAUCUUCAAAGCAGCUGCACCUUUCAGUUACAAAACAACACAUCCCUACAGCAGCCUGGAGAACUCUGAAAAAGCAAUACAAGACUUGGAGAAGGAGUUGGCAGAGUUGCAGCAGUCAACAAAUCUAUUUGACGUUACAAUCCCUGAAUUUAAAGAAAUCAAGCUCUGCAAACGAGACAUUGUUGUUCUCAAAGAACUGUGGGACAUCGUCGUAUUUGUGCAUACCAAUGUGGAAAACUGGACAAAGAGCAAAUGGAGGCAAAUAAACGUGGAGCAGAUGGAUGCAGAAUUGAGGGGGUUUGCUAAGGAUAUGCGGAAGCUUGACAAAGAAGCUCGCGUGUGGGAUGUAUAUUCUGGUUUAGACCUUUAUGUCAAGAACCUGCUGACCUCUCUGCGGGCUGUGAGUCAGCUACAGAACCUUGCAAUACGUGAGCGCCACUGGGUACAACUAAUAAGGACAACACAGAUGAACUUCACUGUGACUGAUAGCACCACCUUGGCAGACCUCUUGGCUCUACAAAUGCAUCUUUAUGAAGAAGAAGUUCGGAGCACCGUGGAUAAGGCAAUUAAAGAAAUGGCCAUUGAGAAGGUUGUAACAGAAAUAAGUCACAUGUGGGCAUCGAUGGAGCUUUCAUAUGAGGACCAUUACCAAACCUCUAUACCACUUCUCAAAUGUGAUGAGCAGCUCAUUGAAACGCUUGAAGAUCAUCAGGUUCAGCUCCAGGGCAUCUUUCAGAGCAAGCAUGUAGAUCACUUUCUUCUCCAAGUAGUGGAGCUUCAGAAACAGCUCACAGUGGCUGACUCUGUGCUGAUGGUCUGGAUGGAGGUGCAGAGGACAUGGGCCUACUUGGAAAGCAUAUUUAAAGGUUGUGAUGACAUCUGCCAGCAGCUGCCAACAGAUGCGCACAGAUUCCGAAUGAUAGAUGUUGAAUUUCAGGAAUUGAUGUUGGACAGUGCAAAGACUAAAAAUGUCAUUGAAGCCACCAACAAACACAAGCUAUUUGAAAAGUUAGAAGAUCUUCAGAAGAGACUGACUUUGUGUGAAAAAGCUCUUGCAGAAUACCUGGAGACCAAAAGACUUGCAUUUCCAAGAUUCUACUUUAUUUCAUCAGCAGACCUGUUGGAUAUUCUCUCGAAAGGAAGUCGCCCUAAAGAUGUAACCUGCCACCUCUCAAAACUAUUUGACAGCAUGUCCGAUCUGGAAUUCUCCAAAAAUCAUUCUAAACUUGUAGUGGGCAUGUACAGCAAAGACAAGGAAUACGUACCAUUUCAGAGGGAAUGUUACUGUAAUGGAGCGGUGGAGGCAUGGCUUACCUCUCUGGAGGAGUCCAUGAGGGAAAGUGUCAGGAGUCGUCUGUCUGAGGCUGUGUCUGUGUAUGAAGAGAGGCCCAGAGAGCAGUGGAUUCUUGACUUUCCGGCACAAGUUGCUCUGACUGCAUCACAGAUAUGGUGGAGUAACGAUGUGGAGCUUGUCUUUAAAAGACUGGAGGAAGGACUUGAGUCUGCACUUAAAGACUACAACAAGAAGCAGAUUGCACAACUAAACAUGUUGAUCAACAUGUUGUUGAAUGAACUGAGUUCAGGCAACCGGCAGAAGAUUAUGACUGUUUGCACCAUUGAUGUCCAUGCAAGAGAUGUUGUUGCCAACUUAAUUGCUCACAAGGUCACCACCUCACAGGCCUUCCUGUGGCUUUCUCAGCUCCGGCACUGCUGGAAUGAGCAGCACCACCACUGUUUUAUUAACAUCUGCGAUGCCCAAUUUUCUUACCUUUAUGAGUAUCUUGGAAAUACACCACGUCUUGUCAUCACGCCUCUCACCGACCGGUGCUACAUUACGUUGACUCAGUCAUUGCACCUGACCAUGAGUGGAGCGCCAGCAGGACCGGCUGGAACUGGCAAAACUGAGACCACAAAGGAUCUUGGCCGAGCCAUGGGUGUCAUGGUCUACAUCUUUAACUGUUCUGAGCAGAUGGACUACAAGUCGAUAGGUAAUAUCUACAAAGGUCUGUCUCAGACUGGAGCAUGGGGCUGCUUUGAUGAGUUCAAUCGCAUCCCUGUCGAGGUGUUGUCUGUUGUUGCUGUGCAAGUCAAAACAAUCCAGGAUGCGAUUCGAUCUAAAAAGAAAAGGUUCCUGUUCCUGGAUACGGAAAUCCUCUUAAAACCCUCUGUGGGGAUCUUUAUCACCAUGAAUCCUGGCUAUGCAGGAAGAACAGAGCUACCUGAGAACCUCAAGGCUUUGUUCAGACCCUGUGCAAUGGUGGUACCUGACAUUGAGCUCAUCUGUGAGAUCAUGUUGGUAGCAGAGGGCUUCUGUGGUGCUAAGCCUCUAGCCAGAAGGUUUACUUCACUUUAUGCUCUGUGCAAUGAGCUUCUCUCCAAGCAGGACCACUAUGAUUGGGGUUUACGUGCUGUCAAGUCUGUGUUGGUUGUGGCUGGUACACUGAGAAGAAAAGAUAAGACAAGACCAGAGGAUCAGGUGCUAAUGCGUGCUCUGAGGGACUUCAACAUGCCAAAAAUUGUAACUGAGGAUGUCAGCAUCUUCCUGGGAUUGCUGCGAGAUCUUUUUCCUGGCCUGGAAGUAGACAGAGAAAGAGACUGGGAUUUUGAAAAGACAGUAAGAGAUACCACUGUUGCUCUCCGUUUGCAGCCGGAGGAGACAUUCAUCCUCAAGGUGAUGCAAUUGGUGGAACUUAUGGCUGUGCGUCAUUCUAUCUUUGUUGUUGGAAAUGCGGGAACUGGAAAGAGCUCGAUAUUGAGGGUUCUCUAUAAAACUUAUGUGAACCUGAAAAAGAAGCCUGUCUGGAGUGACCUCAAUCCUAAGGCAGUUGACAGAGACGAAUUGUUCGGCUUCAUCCAUCCUACAACUCGAGAGUGGAAAGACGGUUUGCUUUCUUCGCUGAUGCGGGAGCAAGCAAACAUGUCCCACCUAGGACCUAAGUGGAUUGUGUUGGAUGGAGACAUUGAUCCGAUGUGGAUUGAAUCACUCAACACAGUGAUGGAUGACAACAAGGUCCUGACUUUAGCAAGUAAUGAGCGUGUGCCACUCACCUCAUCCAUGAGGCUUGUCUUUGAAAUUAGUCACCUGAGAGCAGCCACUCCUGCCACUGUGUCCAGAGCGGGAAUCCUCUACAUCAACCUGCAAGACCUUGGAUGGAACCUAUAUGUUGCCAGUUGGAUUGACCAAAGAGAACGACAAACAGAAAGGGCACACUUAACCAUCCUGUUUGAAAAAUACGUCCCACGUUGUCUAGAAAAGAUGAGAAACAGCUUCAAGACAAUCACUCCAAUACCAGACAACUCUCUGGUACAGACACUCUGCACUUUGCUUGACUGCCUUCUGACGACAGACAAUAUUCCACCUGACUCUCCACGGGACCUUUAUGAAACAUACUUUGUCUUUGCCUGCAUUUGGGCUUUUGGUGGGGCCUUGUGUCAAGACCAGCUUUAUGAUUACCGUGUGGAGUUCAGUCAGUGGUGGACCAAAGAAAUGAAGACUGUCAAGUUGCCAGCACAGGGGACAGUGUUUGACUACUUCAUUGACCCUCCAACCAAGCGGUUCCUUCCGUGGAGUGACAUUGUACCUCCUUUUGAAAUGGAAACUGGUACACCAUUACAGGCUGUUCUGGUACACACAGCAGAGACCCUGCGUCUUCGCUACUUCAUGGACUUGUUGCUGGAGCGGAGACAGCCACUUAUGCUGGUGGGGAACACUGGAGUGGGAAAAACUGCACUUGUCAGGAAUAAGUUAGAUGAUCUGCCAGAGAGUUACAUGUCUACAAAAAUACCGUUCAACUACUACAUAACUUCCCUCAUGCUGCAGGAGAUCCUAGAACGUCCAUUAGAGAAAAGAGCAGGCAGAAGCUACUCACCUGUUGGCAACCGAAGGCUGGUGUACUUUAUUGAUGAUAUGAACAUGCCAGCUGUGGACACCUACGGAACAGUGCAGCCUCACACACUUAUAAGGCAGCACCUGGAUUAUGGGCACUGGUACGACAGACAGAAGUGGUCUUUAAAAGAAAUACACAACACUCAAUAUGUUGCCUGCAUGAACCCAACAGCAGGAAGCUUCAAUAUCAACCCAAGACUGCAGAGACACUUCACUGUACUUGCGGUGAACUUUCCAUCAUCCGAAUGUCUGAUGUCCAUCUUCGGGCAGAUCUUGAGCAGCCACCUAACACAGCAGCACUUCAGUCUGCCUGUUCAGAAGAGCAUCACUGCUGUAGUACAUGCUGCAGUAAUCCUCCAUCACAAGAUGGAGCUCUACUUUUUGCCAACAGCCAUCAAAUUUCACUAUAUAUUCAACAUGCGAGACAUGUCUAACAUUUUUCAGGGAGUACUUUUUGCAGAGCCUGACAGUGUAAAAGACAGCACCGAUCUGGCUCUGCUAUGGCUACACGAGUCCUGCAGAGUCUACUCAGACAGGCUGGUGGAUGUGAAAGACUUACAGCUCUUCCGGAAGCUCCAGAUGGAGACUGUGCAUGAAUGCUUUGAGGGAGUUGAAAAUGAAAAAGUGACAAAACAGCCCCUCCUCUAUUGCCACCUUGCCAAAAUGGGUGAGGAAUCCUCCUACACUGCUGUUACAGACUGGUCUGUGCUCAAGACCACCCUCACUGAUGCUUUGGAAAGUUACAAUGAGCUCAAUGCAGCUAUGAAUUUGGUGCUGUUUGAGGAUGCAAUGCAACAUGUCUGUCGCAUCAGUCGUAUCCUGGAGUCUCCCUGCAGUCACGGCUUACUGAUUGGCGUUGGGGGCAGUGGCAAGCAGAGCCUGACUCGCCUGGCUGCCUACAUUUCCUCUGUGGAAGUCUUCCAGAUCACUUUGCACAAAGGUUAUAGUAUCCAGGACCUCAAGAUGGAUCUUGCAGGUUUGUUCCUGAAGGCUGGUGUGAAGAAUCAGCGUGUGGCUCUUCUCAUGACUGAUGCACAAAUACCUGAUGAGCGCUUUCUGGUCAUUGUUAAUGACCUUCUGUCAUCAGGAGAAAUUCCUGAGGUCUUCAGCGAGGAGGAAACUGAAGGGAUUGUGUCCUCUGUGAAAGCUGAGGUCCGAGCCCUUGGGCUUCUUGAGACCAAGGAGAACUGCUGGAGAUUCUUUAUUGACAGAGUCCGACUUCAAAUGACGGUAGUGUUGUGUUUGUCUCCAGUGGGCAGUGAACUCCGACUAAGGGCCUGUCGAUUCCCUACUAUCAUCCAAUGCACCACCAUCGACUGGUUUCAUCCUUGGAGCUCGGAAGCUUUGCAGUCAGUCAGCUACACGUUCAUUCAUGAGAUUGAAGGCAUUGAGCCUGCUGUCCAGGAAUCCAUCAGUCUUUUCAUGGCCUACGUUCACACCAGUGUCAACCAAGCAAGUGAAAAAUACCAGCGCGAUGAGAAGAGAUACAAUUACACCACCCCCAAGAGCUUUCUCCAGCAAAUCACCCUGUACAGGAACCUUCUGCAAAAGUCUCGAGACCAGCUUCAGCUCAAGAUGAACCGCCUUGACAGUGGCCUUCAAAAGCUCCAAAGCACUGCUGCUCAGGUGGAGGAUCUGAAAACCAAAUUGGCGGACCAAGAAGCUGAUCUGACCUUUAAAAAUGAAAAUAUUGAGGCUCUUAUUGCAAAGAUUGGACUUCAGACUGACAAAGUUAGCAGCAAGAAAGAGGCUGCAGAUGUGGAGGCACAAAAGGUGGCUCUCAUCCAGGCAGAGGUGUCAGUAAAACAGAGAGAUUGUGAGACAGACCUAGCCAAGGCAGAGCCUUUACUGACAGCCGCCACAGCAGCACUGAACACCCUCAACAAGGUAAAUCUUACUGAGCUGAAGGCCUUCCCCAACCCUCCCCCGGCAGUCAUCAACGUAGCGGCAGCCGUGAUGGUUCUGCUGGCUCCCCGCGGUCGGGUUCCUAAGGAUCGGAGCUGGAAAGCAGCACGGGCCUUCAUGGGCAAGGUGGAUGAUUUUCUGCAGGCCCUGGUGUCAUAUGACAAGGAGCACAUCCACGAGUCAUGUUUGAAUGUGGUGAAACAGGAAUACCUUAGAAAGCCUGAGUUCCACCCUGAUCAAGUUCGGACCAAAUCUACAGCUGCAGCAGGACUCUGUGCCUGGACAAUUAACAUUGUUCGAUACUACGAGAUUUAUUGUGAGGUCAUUCCAAAGAGACAUGCUUUGUCACAAGCUAAUGCAGAGCUAGAAACAGCAACAGCAAAACUGCUGUCCGUCCAAAAGAAGUUGGUGGAUUUGGAUGCCAACCUCCAGAACCUCACAGCUCAGUUUGAGAGGGCUACAGCUGAGAAAAUCAGUUGUCAGCAUGAUGUGACUCGCACCAACCAGACCAUAGAGCUGGCCAACCGACUUGUCAAAGGCUUAGAGUCAGAGAAGGAACGCUGGUCGCAGGCACUUGUUCAAUAUGAAAAGCAACAGAAAACGCUUUGUGGUGACGUUGCCCUCACCUCAGCAUUCGUCUCAUACAUGGGUUACUUUACCAGGCAGUAUCGUGCUGAACUCCUCAAUGACAAAUGGAUCUCUUUUCUCAAAUGUCAAAAGGUCUCCAUACCCCUGACAGACGGACUGGAUCCCAUUCUCAUGCUUACUGAUGAUGCCGGUGUGGCUGCUUGGCAUAACCAAGGUCUGCCAAAUGAUAGGAUGUCCACAGAGAACGCUGCCAUCCUGACCACCAGUGAGCGCUGGCCGCUUAUCGUUGACCCGCAGCAGCAGGGCAUCAAAUGGCUACGAAGCCAGCAAGGGUCCAAACUGAGGGUGGUGCAACUUGGACAGAAAGGGUAUCUUGAUGUAAUUGAAGAGGCACUAGUUAGUGGUGAGACAGUGUUGAUAGAGAAUCUGCCGGAAAGAGUUGACCCGGUCUUGGAGCCUCUUUUGGGCAGGAACACCAUCAAAAGGGGAAGGUACAUUCAGAUUGGUGGCAAGGAGUGUGAAUACAACAGUAACUUCCAGCUUAUUUUGCACACCAAGCUGGCCAAUCCCCAUUUCCCUCCCGAACUCCAGGCUCAAGCCACUCUCAUAAACUUCACGGUGACCCCUGGUGGUCUGGAGGAGCAACUGCUGGGACAAGUAGUAUCCCGGGAAAGGCCUGACCUUGAAGCCCAAAAGAUGGAGCUGACCACACAGCAGAACCACUUUAAGAUUGAGCUUAAGAGGUUGGAGGAUGACCUGCUAAGUCGCCUCUCUGCAGCCUGCGGUAAUUUCCUGGAUGAUAUUUCUCUGGUGGAGCAACUUGAGAUCACCAAGACCACAGCUUCCCACAUCCAGGAUAAAGUGGUGGAGGCCCGCGAGAAUGAGACAAAGAUCAACGAGGCUCGGGAAAUAUACCGCCCUGCUGCUGAGAGAGCAUCACUCCUCUUCUUCAUCAUCAAUGACCUCAACAAGAUUAACCCCAUGUACCAGUUUUCUCUCAAGAGCUUUAUCUCAGUGUUUAUCAAAGCAAUGGAGUUUGCAAGAUGCAAGGAGGAUGUGAGAAGCAGAGUGGAAGCUCUCACUGAGGCCAUCAACUAUUGUGUAUUCCUGUACACCAGCCAGGGCCUGUUUGAGAGAGACAAGUUAACCUUCUUGUCACACACUGCCUUCCAGAUCCAGCUUAAGCAGAACCUGAUUGAUGCACAGGAGUUUGAUUUUCUCCUGCGUUUCCCGGUGGAAGCUAGGAAAGUUAGCCCUGUGUCCUUCCUCUCGCCACAAGCCUGGGGAGCCAUUAAGACCAUAUCUACAAUGGAGGCUUUUAGCGGACUGGACAGAGACAUCGAAAGUUCACAUAAGCGCUGGAGGAAGAUUGUUGAAUCCAGCUGUCCUGAGAAGGAAAGACUUCCGCAGGACUGGAAGAAUAAAAGUUGCAUGCAGAAGCUUAUCAUCCUGAGAGCUCUGCGCCCUGAUAGGGUGACCUACACAUUAAGGAACUUUGUGGAGGACAACAUGGGAGACAAAUAUGUUGAGGCUUCCAGACUCGACUUUGACAAGUUAUAUGAAAGUAGCAGCCCAUCAACACCAGUGUUUUUUAUCCUUUCACCAGGCGUUGACCCACUCAAAGAUGUAGAAAAAAUAGGAUUAACACUGGGAUUUUCAAGUGACUUGGGCAAUUUUCAUAAUGUUUCAUUGGGGCAGGGACAGGAAAAUGUUGCUGAAAGGGUACUUAAGAAUUCCUCCAAACUUGGACACUGGGUCAUUCUGCAGAAUGUUCACCUAGUAGCACGAUGGCUGCCAACUCUAGAAGCUCUCCUGGAGACAGUGGCAGUGGAUAGUCACCCCAGCUACAGGGUGUUCAUCACUGGGGAACCAGCACCAUGCCCAGAGCAGCACGUCAUCCCCAGAGGCAUUCUCGAGAACUCAAUCAAAAUCACCAACGAGCCCCCCACUGGCAUGAACGCCAGUCUGCAUGCAGCAUUCAACAACUUCAGUCAAGACACACUGGACAUGUGCUCACGAGAACAGGAAUUCAACUCUAUGUUGUUCUCCCUCUGCUUCUUUCAUGCAUGUGUCACGGAGCGCCGCAAGUUUGGCCCUCAAGGGUGGAACCAUAAGUACCCCUUUAGCACCGGAGACCUCACCAUCUCAGCUAAUGUUCUGUUAAACUAUUUGGAAUCCAACACCAAGUCGAUGCAGGUACCAUGGGAGGAUUUGUGCUAUCUCUUUGGGGAGAUCAUGUAUGGUGGACACAUCACUAAUGACUGGGACAGAAGACUGUGUAAGGCCUACCUGCAAGAAUUAAUGCAACCUCAAAUGUUUGAAGGAGAGCUGUACCUUUGUCCUGGAUUCCUCGCUCCUCCAUUCAUGGACCACGGUGGAUACCACACUUACAUUGAUGAUCACCUUCCAUCUGAGAGCCCCACCUUGUACGGCCUUCAUCCCAAUGCUGAGCUGGAUUGCCUCACUCUCACCUCGAACAACCUCCUAAAGACUCUGCUGGAACUGCAGCCCCAGGGCUCCUCCAGGGCGGAGGGGGCAGUCUUGAGCACAGAAGAGAAGGUCAAGUCUAUCAUUGACGAUCUUCUUGACAAGCUUCCUGAGCAGUAUAACAUGGCAGAGAUGGUGGUGAAGGCAACAGAGCGAAGUCCGUACAUUUCAGUGUGUUUGCAGGAGUGUGAACGCAUGAACCUCCUGCUGGCAGAAAUGAGAAAAUCUCUUAACGAGCUGGAUCUUGGCCUGAAGGGAGAACUCACCAUCUCUUCCAGUAUGGAGACUCUGCAGUUGGCCCUGUUCGGUGACUCUGUUCCAGAUUUCUGGGGCAGGCUGGCUUACCCCUCCACUAAAACACUUACACACUGGUUCAAUGAUAUCAAGUGUAGCUGCCGUGAGCUGGACAGCUGGAUACAAGACUUUGUUCUACCUGCUGUUGUUUGGCUCUCAGGCCUCUUCAACCCGCAGUCUUUCCUCACUGCUAUUCUGCAGAGCAUUGCUCGUAAGAAUCAGUGGCCCCUGGAUAAGGUGACGCUAACUGCAGAUGUGACAAAAAAGACUAAAGAUGACUUUGGGCAUCCACCACGGGAGGGGGCCUACAUCCACGGCCUGUUCAUGGAAGGAGCACGUUGGGAUGCUCAGUUGGGAACGAUCGCCGAAGCGGUUUUGAGGGAUCUAAUCCCUCCCAUGCCGGUGGUGUAUGUUCGAGCGGUGCCAGCAGAGGAGCAGGAGCUCAAGAACACUUAUGAGUGUCCCGUGUACCGCACAAAACAGCGCGGUUCCACAUUUGUUUGGACAUUUUACCUAAGAACCAAACAGCCUCCUGCUAAGUGGAUUUUAGCUGGCGUGGCUCUGCUGCUUUCAGUGUGAUGCAUUAUGGGAUGUGACAAGUAUUAAUGUAGCAACAGUAUUAUGAGAGCAGUUUUGCAAAACAUGUUUUAGGACAAACAAUUUCUUCCAGCAGUAUUCAAUUAUGUCAACUUUUAUAUAUUGUUAUGGCAUAGUAUGGUUUAUUUGCUUAACAAAUUAUACUUAGGAUAUUACGUGGUUACAUUUGCACUAAAUUUGCAAUUCAAUAUGUCAGUAUGUCCGAAAAGGAGUAGGAGGAAGCGGAUCUUAUUUAAUCCUACUCCUAUUACUGAUCAUUCAUGCGCACCAUAUCUUUUACAUGUUGACAUUUAAGAUUUUUUGUAACCAUUUUCUAAUUAAAGUGAAAAGAAUGUAUAGAUCUUGGAAUCUGAGAAUGUUUUUUAUAAUUAAACAUUGUGUUUUUUUAAUACUGAUCAUGCAACACGUGUGAACAUGUUAGAGAACAAAAAUAAGUAAGAACAGGCUACAUGUAAUAGAGCUAGACCAGA